CCUCUCCGAGAGGAGAACGUCGCAGAGCGUGAGCUGAACAGAGAACAGAGAACGACCACGUGAGAAGAGGCAGUCCGAACCGGAAGUUGACGAAUUUCGUCAUACCUGAUUGAUUCGGCGAACAAGCCUCGCAGUUCGCUCUGUGAUCGCCGGCGAAAGAGAUGAGCAUCGAGCCAUUCAACAGGCUGGUGAAGCUCGUGGCUAGAGCGUUUUACGAUGAUUUCACCACGAAGGGGGAGAAUCAGCCCAAGACGGGACGCAGCGACAAUCGUGGCAUCGUGGUUGUGGUGCUUGAUGCUCUCACAAGACGACAAUGGGUUAGAGAGGAGGAUUUGGCAAAGGCUUUAAGUUUGCAUUCCAAGCAACUAAGACGGACCCUUCGAUUCUUGGAAGAAGAAAAACUAGUUACGCGAGAUCAUAGAAGAGAGACAGCUAAGGGUGCAAAGAUAUUUAGCGCUGCCAUAGCUGCCACAGGUGAUGGUAUUGGUAAGGAGGGAGAGGAGAAGAUAAAGCUUCACACACACUCAUACUGCUGUCUAGAUUAUUCACAGAUUCAUGAUGUCGUUAGAUACAGAUUGCAUCGAUUGAAGAAGAAGUUAAAGGAUGAGCUAGAGAACAAGAACACAGUGCAGGAGUAUAUAUGCCCUAAUUGUAGCAGAAGAUACACAGCAUUGGAUGCCUUGCGUUUGGUAUCUUUGGAGGAUGAAUACUUCCAUUGUGAAAGUUGCAAUGGGGAACUUGUGGCAGAGAGUGACAAGCUAGCUGCCCAAGAAGCGGGGGAUGGGGAUGAUAAUGCAAGAAGGCGUAGGCGUGAAAAAUUAAAGGACACGCUUCAGAAAAUGGAGGUACAGUUGAAGCCACUGAUGGAUCAACUUAGCAGAGUCAAAGAUCUGCCAGUUCCAGAAUUUGGAAGUCUUCAAGCAUGGGAAGCUCGUGCACAUGCUGCUGGUCGUGGAGGAAGCGGUGAUGCUGGUGCUAAUGAUGGCUCUAAAUCCUCCCAAGGAUAUGGUGGAACACCAAUGCCGUUUCUUGGUGACACAAAGGUUGAAGUUUCCUUUGCUGGUCUUGAGGGGAAGGAAGAGGAUGUCAAAUCUGAAGUGGCUACCGCACCUUUGAAAGUUUUACCACCGUGGAUGAUUAAGCAAGGAAUGAACCUUACAAAAGAACAGCGUGGAGAGGUUGGGGAGGAAUCAAAGAUGGAGAGUACUCCGAUGUCCUCUCAGUUGUCAGAUGACAAGAAAUCGACUGUCCAGAGUGAUGAUAAGAAAAGUUUGCAGGAUGAGUAUAUAAAAGCAUACUAUGCUGCUCUCCUCAAGAAACAGCAGGAACAGGAAGAAUCUGCAAGGAAGCAACAGCAGCCAUCUGAUUCAAAUACCGCCGACGGUCAUUCUGAUACAUCUUCCUCCCGUCAAGUGGGCAUGAAGGCUAAACGUGAUCCCGAGGAUGUUGUUUGGGAAGAAGCUCAAUAUGCAGGAAAUCCAAGUGAUAGUUAUAAGGUCGGUGACUUGAAUGUUCAAGCGGAUGAGUCGGGCGAGGAUGAUGACGACGUGGAGUGGGAGGAAGGUUGAAGGGCAUCCCUCCUUUUCCUGGCUGGUGAACUUCCUGUCGUGAUUAACCCAACAAAAAGAAAAGAAAAACUUUGCGUCGUCUGCUGAAGAUUUAAAACUCAAGGUGGCGCACGACUCCAUGAAGUGUUGCAUCUCUUGUACCCACAUUGUUUUUCUGAAGAUCUGACGAGGUUCGUUUGGUGGAGACGUUAGACAGUCAUUGCAUUCAUUAUUCUGCUCAGGAGUCUUGGAUCGUGCUCGACUCGCAGCAUGAAGAACACACUGGAGAAAUGUAUGAUCUUGAUUUUGAUCC